AUGCUAAUUCAGUCAGGAUGCCCCCCGGGCAUCGGGCCAGCAACAGCAACCACCGUCACCCCCCCAACAACAACACCAAGCAGCAUCUCAACAGACCGAACGACAAUCACCUCCGAAGGCGCCUUUCUCCUCCAGACCUAUGUCAAAACCGUCGCCACCUGGAUGGACCUCUUCGACCACUCGCUAACCUACCAACUCCGCGUCCCGCCCCUGGCCCUCGCCUCCCCGCUGCUCUUCCACUGCAUCUGCGCCUUCACCGCCAACCACCUCGCACUCUCCAACACCAGUCUCAACGCGUCCUGGAAGCUCGUCGCCGUGCGGCACUACGGGCUGGCGCUACGCCUCCUAAUCGACGCGCUGAGCACGCCGUUCAGCGAGACCGCCAUGACGGGCAGCAUGCUGCUACUCAGCUACGAAGUGCACGGCGCGAUCCGCUCGGCGGACUACCGCCGCCACUUCCUCGGGCUCACGAUGCUGAUCAAGGCGCACGGCAUCACGGCGCAGUCGCGCGGUACCGACAGAGCCAAUUUCUGGAUCUACUGCCGCCAUGAGAUAGCCGUGGCGCUGGCGAAUGAGCGCAGGCUGGUGCUGGAUCCGGAGGAGUGGGCGGUGGCCUGGCGCGAGGGCGAGGGCCGCGAGGAUGUGCUCGGGAACCAGAUGAUGUGGAUGCUGGCGCGGAUUAUCAAUCUUGUGUUUGGGGCGGAGGGCGCGGCAGCGUCGAGUAGGCCGGCGCGAGAAGCGCUGUUGGAGGAGCUGGAGACCUGGCGGGCGGGGCUGGCGCCGUGCUUUAUUGGGAUUCCGUAUGGCGAGGCGGAUGAUGAUGGGUUCUGCAAGGUAUACUUUACGGUAACGGCGGCGGCGGCGGCGGCCUUCUGGUAUCAUAUCGCUCAUAUCCUGCUGUAUACGGAGCCGGUGUUGCAGGAUGAGAGUUAUAUACCACUGAUUCAGGACCAGGCAAUGAAGAUUACAAACAUCACUAUUUCGGACUUUCCGGCGGCUUUGAAAGUGUUUUCAACACAUGGGCUCUACUAUGGUAAGAUGCUGCUAAGCACAUUAAAACCAUAUCACAGAAGGCGCGGGUAUGGAACGUGUUGA